UUAGGUCACACAUAAAUCACCAUGAGGGUGAUCCAGAAACCUCCAUGGAGACGCAGCUGACAAUGUGACAGAAACAUGGCAGCAUCACAACGUUUGUGUGCAGGUCACUCAGAGUCCAGUUCUUCAGUUUCUCCUCCUUCACAGUGAUUGUUAGCCAGGAAGUGACCUAAGAGAUAGAGGUGCCAUUAAGAAAGACUAAGGGUUAUGACACCAUGUCUUCCAGCUGUCCUGUUUUCUCUGCUGUUGCACCUGUUGAAUGAGGCUUCAUUUCACUAAUGUGUUUUCAUCAAAUCCUUUGCUCUCCUUCUCAGUGCCGUUGCCUCACCCCAACACUAAAUAUAGAGUGACUGCUCUGAAUGUGUUAUGAUGUAAAAAUAGCGAAGGAGGGAAGCCGGCCCACUCACAGCAGGUUUGCAGGGCAGACACAGUUUCGGCUCGGCGACAUAGCACAAGGAACAGACUAAAGGCAGGGAUUUCUGUGUGUACUUUGAUAGACAGGUGAGGUGCAGUGAAGCCUGAAGGCAGACAGCGACUGAACCUACUGAAGGAAAUGUGGAUGAAAAGGCACUGAGAAAACAGAAAGACACCCGGCAUAAGGAUGUUGUCAAACAAAGAGGAUAAGAGGACCUUCAGCAAUGGAGCUCUGAGAGACAAGUGGGAAAAGAAGACCCAGAACAUAGCGGAGCAAUGCAAACAGGAGGCCGAAUGGAAGGAGAAGAGCUCCCUCAAAGUUCUGUUCUCCAAGUGGACCUAUCACUGGUCACUGGCCCAGCCUGGAGAUAAGAUGAAAAGUGACACAUCGGAAUUCAGAAGGGUCACAAGCAGAGCAGACGAGGUUGAGCAGAAGCCCAAAAUUAAAUUUAAAGUUGUCCCUCCGCCUCCCAAACCCAAGGCUGAGCCUCCCCCUCCCGCCCCCCCUCCUCCCAGGAAGUCAGCUUCACCCAAACUUCGCAGGCCAAAACGUAAAGUGGAGGUGGAUGUUUUCCGGCUGUGCUGGAAAGAGUCUUGGAUGAGCCUGAAGCCUCCAAAGUACCUGUACCUCAAAGCCAAAGAGUCCAAACCCGUGAUAUCAGGGUUCACCACCAUCCAGCAGACCAGCAGCAGGAAGUACAAAGCUCAGCACGUUGCCUUAGACGAUGAACCCACGUGUGUCUUGAAGUGGAGUCAGUCCUGGAAACAGGUGAAGAGUCCAGCCCAAGAGGAGGUUUCUGAGGAGAGGGAGUUUAAGUGGGACAUCGUGUUUGAAAGACCUCUACUUCACAAAGCGAAUGUGGAAAAGUACUCCCUCCCUCCCUGGGCUGGUACGUGGAAGUUCAUUAACUUCCCCUUCAGACAGGAGAAGAAAAAAUGGGAUUGUGUGUGGCCUGUUUAUCACAAACCAAACUCCAGCAACAAGUUCACAGAGUUAGAGGUGAUCCAGCAGCAAAAGGAGCAGAACGAGCCGUUUGAGUUGGUGGGUUCAUGGAAGCUGAACAGAACAGAACUUGUCACAGAAGAUCCAACAGAUGAUGAGGAUGCAAACUCUCCCAGCAUCAAUUCAGAAGGCGAGAUGAAGAUCCGUGAUUUCCACAUGCCGGGAUGGAGCCGGUCCUGGCAGCUGUCUGCGGCUCCUCCUGAGGAAUAUGAAGAACGGCUCCAGAGCUGGAGCUCCUGCUGGAGUUACAGCCAGCAAAUGAGGUGGUGCCAAGCCUCCAUCAGCUCCCAUCAUCAACACAGUGUCAUGCUCAUGAGGAGAAGAGAAGCUACAAACUACCUGCUCACAGCAGAACUGCAAGAAGAAACGAUUGACAGCACGGAGUGGAGCGAGGCCUGGAAGACUCCUAAAGUGUGGGCUCCACUACAACAGGAGGAAGAAGAUGAAGAGGAGGAAGAGGAGGAGGAAGAGGAGGAGGAAGAAGAUGAAGAAGAUGAGGUGGAUAAGGCAGAAAUCGAUGAGGAAGAAGCAGAGGAGGAGGAUGAAGGAGUAGAAGAUGAAGAAGAGGAAGCUCUCAAUGAAAAUGAAAAAGUUGAUGAACUAGACCAAAGGGAGAUAGCUGAAGAAAACUUUGACAUUGUUGAAAAAGAUGUUGAAAAAGAAGAUGAGGAUGAAGGAGUAGAUGCAGAGGAGGAGGAGGAAGAAGAAGAGGAAGAAAAAGAAGAGGAAGAAAGGGAAAAACUGGAAGAAGAGGAAGAGGAGGAAGAAGAAGAUGAUCUUAGUGGAGAGGAAAAUGUUAAAGAAGCAGACUUGGAGGACAAGGAUGAAGAAAAAUGCAAAGACUUUUACAAAAUUAUUGAAGAUGUAGAAAAAGAAGACAAGGAUGAAGGAGUGGAAGCAGAGGAAGAUGAUGAAGAAAAAGAGGAGGAAGGAAAUGAAAAUGUGGAAGAAGAUGACAUUGAAGAGGAGGAAGAUAAUGAGAAGAAACUAGGUGGAAAAGAGAACAAGAUUAAAAAUGUGACCAAGAUCGGUGCUGAUGAAGGGGAGGAAGAUAAAGACACAGAAGAAAGUGAGGAAGAAGAGAGUGAAGAGCAAGAGAGUGAUGAAGAAAGAGACAAAAAGAGUAAAGAGACUAAAGGUCAAGAAGAGAAGAAAAAGGAACAUUUGUCUGAAAAGGAACUAGAGGAAGAAAAAGAGAAGGAAGACAGAACACAUGGAAAAAGUGAGGAUGAAGUGAUGAAGGUAAAAAGUAAAUCAAAUGAGGAAAAAAUGAGCGAGGAAGAGGAAGCAGAUGAAAUAGAAAAGGAGGAAACAGAUGAAGAGGAAGACUCUGAAGAAAAAGAGACAGAUGAGGAUAAAGAAGAGACUACAGAGGAUGAAGAUGAAGAUGAGGCAGAUGGUGUGCUGCCAAAGAACAAAACGAAAGAAAUAAGAGAUGAAGAAGUUAAAGGAGAAACAAAUACAUUUGAUGCAGACGAAGAUGAGGAAGAAAAGGAAGACAAAGAUUCAGACAAAGACCAGGAGAGAAAUGAAGAUGAAGGAGGAGAGGAUGAUGAUAUAAAGGAGGAAGAGAGCAGUGAAGAUGAGGGAGAAGUCAAAGAUGAUGAAGAAGGCAUGACUGAAAAAGACAGAGAAGACUCACCUGAACAAUGUCAGACAGAAAACAGUGGGAGUGAUGAAGAUGAAUAUUAUGAGAUGGAAGAAAACGAAGAAGAUGAGAAGAAUGGUUACAACAUUAGCUCAGAGAAAAAACAUAAUAGCAAAGAGGGGGAGAAAAAACUUUUUUAUGAAGAGGAAGAUAAGGAGUAUGAUGAAGAAGAGGAAGAUGAAAAGGAGGAUGAUAAUGAGGAGGAAGAGGAAGAUGAGAAUAAAAGAAAUGAUGAAGAAGAAGUAGAUGAUGGGGAAGUGGAAAGUAUCAAGAAGCAAAAAACAAUCGUGAAGGAGGAUGAGGAAAAAAUGAAAAAGAAUAAAGACAAAGUUGAGGAGAGUGAGGUAGGGAAAGAGGAAAACAAUGAGGAAGAGGUGGAUGAAAAUGAGGAAGAGGUGGAUGAAAAUGAGGAAGAAGUGGAUGAAAAUGAGGAAGAAGUGGAUGAAAAUGAGAAAGAGGUAGUUAAAGACUUUAUGGAAAAGGUGGAUCCAGAUGAUGAGGAAGAGGUAGAUGAAGAUGACAAGGUAGAGGUAGAUAAAGAGGAAGAGGUUAAAUACUUUGAGGAAACGGUAGAUGAUGAAGAAGAGGUAGAUGAAGAUGAUGAAGAAGAGGUAGAUGAAGAUGAUGAAGAAGAGGUAGAUGAAGAUGACAAGAGAGAUGUAGGUGAGAACAAUAAGGAAGAGAUUAACAAAGACGAGAUAGAUCAAGCCAUUAAAGAAGAGGUAGAUGAAGAUGAGAAAGAGGUAGAUAAAGAGGAAGAGGAAGAUGAAGAGGAAGAUGUAGAUGAAGACGAGGAAGAGGUAGAUAAAGAGGAAGAGGAAGAUGAGGACAACAGGAAGAAUGAGGGUGGAAAAUGUAAGGUACGUAUGCAUGAAGGUCAUAUGAAGAAUAAUGAAAAAGUUGACACUUUGGACAACAAUGAAGAGGAGAAGACUGAUGAAGAACAGAGUGUGAAGAACACAAUAGAAGGAAAGCAGAAGAAAAAGCUCCAGAGGAAAGCCAAAGCCCAGCCUGAUGUCCCGCUCCAUCUGCAGUUCCACAAGCUGAACGCCUCCUUCGCCUCGUGGAAGCAGUCUUGGAUGGUGGCAGUCGCACACAGAGGAGGACAGGAAAGUGAGGAGGAAGAGGCGGAAGGAGAGGAUGAAGCCGAAUGGAGGACCUGGAAGGAAUCGUGGAGGAUUUGCCGCCAGAAGAAGUCCGAUGAAGAUGAGGUGCUGUGCUUCUCAAUGAAGCAUCGCAGUCAGAGAUGCACGAGACUCAAAAAUGAAGAGAGCGGUAUGCCAGAAAAAGAGUGGAAUCUCAGCUGGAAAAUGGUCCAGAAUUCACCAAAGAGGGAAGAUCCUGAAGAAGAUGAUGACGAGGAUGAAGAAGAAGAAGAGGAAGAAGUGGAAGAGGGUUAGAGAGCUGUGGUAGUAGAAAUAUUGAAGGUUUAGAAGUACAUUUUCUGAGGCCGCAUGUCCAGAGACAUGGCUGGAAUGUGUCUGCUCAUCCUCAUCAAAGGACACAGAUUCCUUUCAUCUUCUCAGAGUAAAGACUUCAUGUUCAAUGCACUUUAAGGUUGCGUCCUUUUGCAGCAGUCAUGACACAUAAAAGUGAUGUUUGAUCCAAACGUGGUUCCAUUCUGUAUUUUCUCUUGACAGCGCUGACUCUGAGUUAAUCAGGGUUCCCAUAGAUGUCUGAGCGUAUGGCCACACAUCUAUCUAAUCCAAGUGUUGACUGAAGCUCCGGGCCACACAACAGUUCCUGUAAGUCGAGUCUGGACAUUUGGGUCACAUGUGGUCCAUACAGCAGAAGCUGGAGCCCAACAAGCUCUGACUUUGAGCCCAUAAAGACUUUCCCUCGCUGUAGAAUAACUCCUAAAGGUCUUCCAGAAAGCAUCAAAUGUGUAUUUUUUGUCUGUAUAUUAGAUGAGAAUUCAUCAGUGUCUUACACUGCAGAGUCCAUCGUCACUUUCUAAAGAAAUAAAAGUGUCCUUUUUGCAAAAUACAAAGAUUUGUUCUCAUAUCAGGGAUAGUUUGGUGUCUUUGUCGGGAGAAGCUCUGAUGCUGUGAGGUGACAUUUAGUGAAAGUCCCCCUAUAUUUUUUUUUAAGUUCCCAGUAGUGUUUUUAUUAAGAUUAGAAGUUUUUAACCAAAAUCCCACAACCUAAAUGUCUUAAAAAGACAUUUUUCAU